AUGUCGUACGCGAUCGCCUUCAUGGAGACCCUCACCAUCAGCCACUUCCCGUAUUAUACCCACGAGAACAAGCAGCUGAUGUACUCGGUGGGGUCGCUGUUCUACGCGAUCUACUUCUUCGUCUCGUUCCCGAUCUACUACUACAUCGACGAGAGCGUGCAGAAGAAGUCGGACUGGUGGGGCGUGGCCAAGGACGCACUCGCGGCGGGGAUGCUGGUGACGAUCCUGCUCGACCUGUGGCGGGUGACGUACGGGCCGGUCGUGGGCGCGGGCGGGCCCGCGAAGGGCAUGCCGGGCAUGUCCUGA